AUGCGACAGUGGCAGACUCAUUGUGUGCGUGUGUCGGGGGUGUUAUAGUUGUGCGUCCAAUUUGUCUCCGACUACUAAGGACGUUGCCACAGAGGCGAGGAAAUAUGCUCUGUAUGGAAGCGACUUCCCCCGGCGGCGUCCCGUGAGGAACGGACAGCUUCCAUUGUUAUCUGACGGGAUCAGGGCACCUCUUCAAAGCACACGAGAUAAAGGGUCGUAAUUGGGAGGCUGAGAAGCAAUAGUCAGAUCAUCGAUAAAGGAGACAUUCAAUAUAUCCUUAUCUGCAUUGUCAUAGCUAAGCGAUCAUUUUAGGGUUAUUGUCCCGUAGCUGCUGGGGGUAUUCCAUCUGAAGAGACUGAAACACGUGAAGGGCUUCGCCAUACAGAGAGAAGGGACACCUGGCGACAUUGGCCUGGUUGGAUCAUUUUGGGUUGACCAAAUUUCUUCAACUUCCCAUUUCUAAAUGUUUUUGGACAUUCUUUCUGGAGAACAUCUGUCUGGAAUGCAAUUUUGGAUAGGCCUAUUUGGGGAUACUUUACGCAGUUGUACGCUAUGCAAAACCACAUGUGCUGUAGCCAUUGUAGGCGUUUUUCAGACUUCUUUAGAGCUUGCUCUCCACUAUUUACAUUACAAUCAAACCUGAUUGUGUUGCUACUGUAAUACCUUUGAUCUGUAAUGUUUAAACCGACUGCGCCAAAUGCUGUCUAUUGGGCCAGUGGCGCCAGUGCUCACCGGGGUAUCGAAGAGGUGUUAAUGCUAAACCAUUAGAGCAGUAUUUUACUUGCCUUUGCUUUACAUUUGAUUUUAGUGUCGUGGAAAGGGGCUGAUAUUUAGAAAGGAAUGAUGUAAAUGAUCGGACUGCAGGCUGAACAAUGUUGGUGGUUAUAUUGCAUAUUGUGUCAAAUCAUUUAAAUCAUUUAUUUCAAAGUGGUCAACUAUAAAGGAUUAUAAAAUAGCAUUCCAUUCCCAUAAAAUCCUAGAGGCCACAGUGAUUGCCUGAAAUGUAUGCGUACGAUCCUGGACCGGCAGAAAACGUUUCAAUCAGGUGUGGGCAGAGCUCCACCACUUUUGGUUUAGUUUAAUGAAAGAUAUUGAUGCAAAAGCGUUAAAGGGAGGGCCAAAGUGCUGUUUUUAGACCGAUUAGCCUCAUGAUUUGUCAACUCGUGCACAAAUUCUCUGUCAAUCAUUUUGGAUUUAAAAAGUCUAGGUAGCCUAGUCAGCCCAAAUUGAAUCAAUAAUCACAAUAGACUGGGAGUUAUUAGGCCUAAACUUGCGUAGGGCAGGCCUACAUGAUGCCAACAUGCACAAAGCAGUUAUAUUGUCCAAUCAUGUUGCUGUCACUGUUUCUGUGUGGGCUAGAGGUAACACCCCUGUUAGUAGCUUUAAAAUAGAAUGAAUAUGACCAAGUACAAGUUUGCUGCAGUUUGACAGGGGUUUCAUCCUCCCCAAGGCCAGGAGUUUUGCCAAUUUUUUUUUUUUUUACCAUGUGACCUAAUUAGAAAAACUCCGGUCCCAUGUAGCCCAUAGAAAACCUUUUCACAACUGAUUAAUCACGUAAUACUGUAGAAGGUCUGUUUUACCUGUUUAGGUUACCAGAUCAGGAUAAACUACUGGCCCCAGGAACAAAGAUCACCCAGCACUCUGGAACCUGUGGUGCCACCUCUGGUGUCACGUCUCACUAACUUGUGUUGCAGCAUGGUGUUACAGGUUAGGUCCUAUUGAGGUUUCCUUUUUAUUAGGUCUAGGCCUAUGGCAAAUCCUGUUAUCUUGAUUAGAUAGUGUUUUUAAUUGGUCUGCUGUUUUCGGUGUGAACUACUCGUUCUGGAAUACAACUUAAACAUCCAGUUCUUAGUUUGAUUAAAUACACACACUAGGCGUUUGUGUCAACAUAUAAUAGCCUUUGAACUAUGAUGCGGAGGAGGACUCUCCGCCUCUGUAUGUGAUGUUUCGCUAUACUUUCAGCUAAGGCAGACAAAUGCAUGAGCUCAACUGGUUCUCACAGACGUGGUGGCGCCAGGCUUUCACACAAUCACAGGAUGUGUAAAGGCUUCAACAACGAGGCAUUAGGCCUCAAUCACUGGGAAUCGAUCAGGCGUUAACACGCCUUUGCAGAUGCAAAUUUUUAAGUUGGUCGGGACUUUAUAUGGAGGGCCCUCAACAGGUCUUGUCACAACAUUCUCUGACCCUCCUUAGAUAGUAUGCUGACCAACACAGGGCUCCUAGAAGCAAACAUGGUCAAGGUCUUCUCUGUAGACUGGCUCGCACAGAGCAAUCACAACACCAACCCGAAAGAAGGACCUGUGGAUACUAUACCAACCUACUUCAGACCCCAUGUUCCUUGUAUGGUCCAGCCUCAACCGCCAACAUUUUAUAACAAGGUCUACCUCCAACCAAAACCAAAGACCGCGAGGGUUGAACUCACGGAUUCCACUGAAAAACCCCAAAAUCUAGACUCCAGGUUGAGCUCACCUCUGCAUCCGAUAACAUGCUCUUCCCCAAGUCUUUCAGAAAACAGCGGGUACACCUCGGGGUAUGACAGUGAGGCUGCCUCCUCGGAAUGUCCCUCUGUGGAAGAGGCGAGCGAGGGAGAGAGAGACGGGGGCCAACGACGUGUGCGUACUAGGUUCACACCGGAGCAGAUAGAAAAGCUGGAGAAGAUUUUCAACAAGCACAAAUAUCCAGAUGCUGGAGAAAGAGUCAAAACCGCACUGAAGUUGAACCUCUCUGAAACUCAGGUGAGAACUUGGUUUCAGAACAGGAGGAUGAAACUGAAAAGGGAGCUCCAAGACUUGCGCGCAGAGUACCCAGUUCAGUCUCAGAUGAUGUUCCAGCCCAUGCGACCAUUUCAGUACCACGGCUUCGGUGAACAGCAACUCUCCCCCGCUGCAAACCACGUGAUAUACCAGCCCAUGGUGCAACAGAUCCCCAUGGAACAGAUGGUUUCUCAUCAACACCCGUUCGCACAUUUCUACUAAGGACAUUAACCAGACUGAACUCUAACACUUUAAAAUCAAGUGCAAUCUAGUUGUUGUUUUCUCUUGGCCGUGAUUUUUUUAUUUUCUUUUUCUUUAAAGAUGUACAGAUGUUAUAAGUAUAUUUAUAAUUCAAUAAAGUCAAUCUUAUAUCA